AAAAGACAAAAAAUACACACAUUGUUAUUCGCUCCCCCUCUCCUUCAGUGAUAUACAACGCUACAAUUCUCUUCCUCUUUCUGAAACCCUAAUUUCUGAUUCAAUUUCAAUCGUUAAAACCCUAACCAAAACCCCCCAAAUUUUCAUCACAAUCUCUCUCAAUCUCUCUCUCUACGUUCAACAAUGGCUUCUUCAUCGAGCAGCGGGUUAACAUUCAAGCUCCACCCACUUGUGAUCGUAAACAUCUCCGAUCACUACACUAGGGUUAAAUCUCAGAUGAACCCUACACUCGCUCCUCACAACAACGCCACCAACAACGGCGGUGACGGUGUAGUUUCUUCUCUUCCACCGCCACGUGUCUUUGGUUGUGUCAUCGGUGUUCAGAAAGGUCGCACUGUUGAAAUCUUCAAUAGCUUUGAACUUCUCUAUGAUCCUUCUACUCAUUCGCUUGAUCGUCCUUUCCUUGAGAAGAAGCAAGAACUCUAUAAGAAGGUUUUUCCACACUUCUACAUAUUGGGAUGGUAUUCAACUGGAAGCGAUGCAGAGGAAUCUGAUAUGCAUAUUCAUAAAGCUUUGAUGGAUAUCAAUGAAAGUCCGGUUUAUGUGCUUCUGAACCCUGCAAUCAAUCACUCACAGAAGGAUCUCCCCGUCAGUAUAUUUGAAAGUGAACUGCAUGUCAUAGAUGGGAUUCCACAGCUUAUCUUUGUCCGCUCAAGCUAUACUAUUGAGACUGUUGAAGCAGAACGGAUCUCAGUUGAUCAUGUUGCUCAUCUAAAGCCAUCUGAUGGUGGUUCAGCAGCUACACAAUUGGCUGCUAACCUUACUGGUAUACACAGCGCCAUCAAAAUGCUUCAUAGCAGAAUAAAGGUGCUACAUCACUAUCUUCUUGCUAUGGAAAAAGGUGACGUUCCUUGUGAGAAUUCACUAUUAAGGCAAGUGUCAAGUCUCCUGAGAAGAUUGCCUGCUAUUGAAUCUGGGAAAUUUCAAGAUGAUUUCUUGAUGGAAUACAAUGACACCUUAUUGAUCAGUUACCUUGCCAUGCUGACCAACUGCUCAAGUGCAAUGAAUGAUUUGGUGGACAAAUUCUCUACUGCUUAUGAUAGACAUACCAGAAGGGGUGGGCGAACUGCUUUCAUGUGAAUGUUGCCUUGUGCUCGUUUCUAGAUGUCUUGUUUUGGACAGCUUCGACGCACUUUUCCAACUCUAUAGGCACAGAUUUUUGUCUUCUUCUCUUUGCUGCUUAGGCAUUGGUUAUUAAAGCUUAGUAUUGUUUGGAUUUGAAGAGUAUAGGGAGUAGAAAAAGUUCGUGGGAAAUGACCAUAUUACCAUGCCCCCACCUCCAAAGAAAAAAGGAAAUGUGUUAGUUUUAACAUUUCUGUAACAAAAUUGCAAAUUGAGGGCACACAAGUUCAUUGCAUGAUACGAGUUUUCAUUUUGAUCGUUUGUUGA